AGGUGUUCAGGAUGCACCGCUCAUCAGCCGUACAACCGACAGAGAGGACAAUGUGCUCCUGACGUCGCAUGGCCAACACAGCAUGUGGCAUACCAUCAACGAAAGGAAAAGCUUACAGCUACUUAUAGCUCUAUGACAUUGGCAGAGAGUGGGUCAACGUACCAGCAGGAAUUGGAACAAGUGAUUGAUCUGUUUCGAAAAUUACGAGAGGCAGUGUUCGCAACGAAAUGGUCAAAUAAUGACCUAGAGUUCUCUAUACAAGUUUUUGAGCUAUCGUCCACAUAUUGUGCGUUGGCUAGUAACAUGGGUGAGCUUUUAAAAAGCCUGAAAAGUCUGGUUGUUAUAUUGUACCCUACCGCUUUGAAUGCAAAGAUGACACCCAAAAACCACUCUCACUACACUGCGCUCUAUAUCCUCUACCACGUCUGUUAUACAAAAUCAACUGCAGCCAUCAUUCAACUCAUUCAGCCUGGCAAUUCACACCCUGACCUCAAGUUUGCUGUUUCCAUCAUGAACAGUAUAUUGCAUUGUCACUAUCACCAAUUUUUCCAGCUAUACCAACAAUCACCUUGGCCUGCGUUUACUUCAAUGUUGAACAUGCAUGUUCCUUCCAUGCAAGAGCUUGCCUGCAAAGUGAUGAGCGUAUCUUACUAUAACACCAGCAUGGAUUGGGUGAAGAAAAGCUCUAGCCUAUGUGACGUAAACGAUGACACGGCUAUGCAACUUAUACAACGCUGGAGCGGAGGCAGAGUUGACCGCGUCGACGAUCAUAGACUUAUGUGGUUUAAACGAGGCAAGGUAGUUCGCUCGUGACCUCCUUUUUGAUUACGUCUCUUCCAUGACUUUUUCUUUGUAAGCAUGCCUGUCACCACCCAUACCUGUACAUAGCGGCCUUUGGGCGACCUCUUCGGCUCAUAAAAUGACCUCUCUUAUAAUCUGGCAGAAAUAUGCUUAAUCCAAACGCUUAUUUUUCAUUUUCUAUAUACUCGCUUU